CACCAGUGCACCAUUUAAAAAGGUAAUAAACAGGCUUUCCAAUGGUAUAAGAUAUAUUGCCAUGAAGUAUUGUUAGAACAAAGAAAUAAUCUACCAAACACAAAUUUCCUUGCUUUUUGUGCCAAGUUUCUAAAUUUGAAAGUGUUUCCCUCAGAAGGCCUACUUACACAGUGGACAACUAGUUAUUCAGCACAGCUGGUGUGAAAGCUUUCUAGACAUAGCAACAGUACCCAAGGGGGGACUGGGCUUAUCAAAGGGUAAAUUGCAAGUCGGUCUAGAUAACUCUACCCCCUAUUUGCUGGGCAAGAGUAGGAAGGCAUUCAAAAAGCACGACUGGCCUUAAUGCUAACCAAGCAGGCAUACUAAGUCUGUCUAGUUGACGUAUGUUGGAUUAUAUUUAUGUUUGGUUUUGUCAGCAAAAUGAUAAUUACAGCAAUGUCAGACAGAGAUCAAUGUAUUGAUUCUUGUGAGGCGGAGUGACUUUACAAGCUGUCUGCUCUUGUUUUAUAAUGAAAACACUUGGAAACACCUCAGGUUUCCAUUAUGGAGAGGUCCUGUAUGGCUUAUUGGAGUUUAAACUAUCCAGCCACUAAUUGUCCUUUUUUAUUUGUCUCCCAGACCAAAGGGCCCUUAACUGAAGUCAUCACUUGAAAGACUAUUCUCCAUGCAGUGGGAUUUGGAAGUCUCAGCAGCCAAGGAGUCUGUACAACUCUUGAGUACCAAAAGUGCAGUCGGAUUAAGACAAAGUUGCACCUGUUUUGAGUUGCACAUGGGACUCAAAACAUGGUAGCAACUCAGUAUCCUGAGGAUUUCAGACUGGCGCACACACCAUCUCAGUGGCAGCAAGGCAAUACACAAUCCCAACACAGACUUCACCUUCAACCUAAGUUGCAGCCAAGCAUAGUGAGAGCAGGACUCCAUUGUCAAGUACAAUGCAUGUAUGAUACUUAUCAACAAAACUUGAAUGCUAACUUUGGGCAUUACAAAAGUGUUGAUACUGGACCUCAGAAGAGACGACAUUCAAAUUGUGCCUUUCCAUCCAAUCUCAGUACUCCAGCACAUCAAGGAGACAUUGCAACUGAAACAUCCCUUUUUCAAGACAGGUGUUCUGUGCCUGAGAACUCAAAGAAGGACUCUCAUCCUUUGUUGAAAGCCUUAUUGAAAGAAACUCUUCCAGAGUCUAAAGAAACCCUCUGGUCUCCUUUACUUUACCAACCUAUUUUCCCCAUUGAUCUAAAAACAACUACUACUCUUUCAGUUCAGAGACACUGCAAGGGACAAGAAGUUAAAAAUACACUUGAAUCUCUAAACCUUGGAUGGAGUAGUAUACUAAACAUGAAUCAGUCAGGGGAAAGUCAUUCAAACCUCUUUGAAUAUGACCUAUCUUUUACCCGUGAACCACCAGACAUGGACACUUUUCAAAGAACAUUAAAAGCCUUUGUUGAACAAAGAGUUGAAGAAAUUGGGAGCAAACGAGCAGAAAAAGAAAGGUGCGCUUCUUCCAACAUUGCCACCAACCAACCUCCUGCUGUGGCUGCAAAAGCAGUCGAAGAAAACCGCUCAAAAGGCAGUGAAACAAAUGCUGAGCCAGUACCAGGGAUGCGAGAGGCAGCUUAUUGUCCUACAUUUGCAUCAGAGAAAAAAUCCACAGGUAUAUUUGUUUCUGCUGUAGGAAUCUCAAAACGUAGCACUAUAACUGAGUCUAUUAAGAGUGCAUCACUUGGGUCUGAUUUGGAACCACAUAAACAUUUGAAUGUAACUUUUCCUGAUAAGACUGAUGGCAGACUUGUGUAUGGUGAAAGUUUCCCUUGGAACAUAGAUAACAUUAAUCUUUUUACAUCCACAGAGAAUCCACAGUUCUGGAGGAAAGUUGCUACUACUUGCAAAAAGGAUCAAAACAGUCCUAUGACUGUAAUUACAGAAGUGCCUUUGGAUGAACCAACAAGGGGACAACCUAAGUCAUCACUUCACUUCAAUCCCAAAGAAGAAAACCAGCCCUUCAGGCCGAAUGCCAAAACCUCCAAUGACACAGACCAAAUACCUGGUGUUUCAAGGACACUGAAGCACACAACAAAGAAAGAUGAAUUGGAAAGAUGCAUACAACCAGUGGGCACAGAACAGUUCAGCAAUGUGCAUGGUGCAGCUAAUGUCCCAGAAGAACUACAAAUGAAGAUGGGGUCUGAGGAGAAAACAUUUAAAACAAUGACACUUUACGAUAGUCGAGAUUCAAACAAGGAAAAUAUUCAAGAUCAACAGCAAUGCCGUAUUUUAGAUGGGGAUGUCAUUCAACAUUCCAAGUCAAAGUCACCUGUUGAUGAAAUUCAGAUUUGCGAUAUCAGAGGUUCAUUUUCAGCAGUUCCUAUAAUUCAUCGUGAACAACUGGAACAAAGGAGGAAAUGUGAACAUUUUAGUGAAGAUGCCUGUUCUGACUUGAGCAUUGCACUCUCUAAAAACAAAGUCAUGGAAGAGACUGGUCAGUUGGAAGGGAUUGGCAAGAAAGCAUUUGAUAUAGAAACCAUACGUAACCCAGAGUAUGAAGAUAUUUCGGAUGAUGGCGAAAUGGAAGGCUUGGUUGUGGAGGCAUUUGUAACAAAGCCCAUACAUAAUCCAGAAUAUGAAGACAUUUCAGAUGAUAGCCAAAUGGAAGGCAUGGGUGAGGAGGCAUCUGCCAUAAAAACUGUAAAUAACCCUCAAUAUGAUAACAUCUCUGAUAAUGAAUACGAGUUGCAGCCGGCCGCAAAACUUUCCAACACACGCACUGAGGAUUCAAGCCUUUCUACAGCCCCUGAAACUGCGGCAGUGGAAUGGCCUCCACAAAUCCAUGAACCAAAUGAUGAGCUGUUUUUUGAAAAGGAAGGCUUUGCAAAUUUGCAGGAUCUGGUUCAGAUAAAACUAGAAAGCUUUUCAGAUGAGACACUGGAUCAGCAAAAGAUGGUUUCACCCAAGACUGACAUAUAUAUGGCACACUGUAACACUCAUUCAGUGCUCAAUGCAUCUGAUGGGGAAAAACACUCUGUUUUGGGUAGCUCUGCUGUUUUGAAAAAUGAAAAAGAGUUGCAUGACCAUAUUGUGGAAGAUGAUGAUGACUGGAUAGUGAUACCUUUAGAGAUGUUGGACCUUAGAUUUGAGCCAGAAAGUGAGAAUCAGGAAGAUCUAGAAACUGUUCAGUGUUCCAUAAAUCAUACCCAUAGACUAGGAUCAAAAUCAGCUUCUGGUUCUUCAGAGAUUGAGGUGUUUGAAACAGUUGAUAGCUUUGUGCAAGCCAAAGAGGUACAGAUAUUGAACAAAUUUGAUGUGGGGUUGUACUGGAGCUCACCUGAACAUGACACUGGUUUUGGGGAAGAACUCAGAUUGCUUCAGAACAGUAGAGAGCAGUUCUCUGAGAAUGAAGAGUAUGACACUGAAGACAGUUGUGAUUAUCCAUCAGAUUCAAAACGGAAUCACUUGACAGUCUCCAAUAUAUUGGUGAAGCCAAGUUCAGUACAUCUAACAUCAACCACAGAUAUUACAUUUCAAAAAGAGGAAGUAGAUAAGGUCAUAAAUGUUCAAAAUUGUCAAACCACUAGCCCCCAGUCAUGGAAAGAAAAACUCAAAAGAAGACUGUGUAAAGUCAAAAGCUCGGGCCAGCAGAAGACCUGCAGACUAAAAGACUCAGGAAAGACUGACACACUACCCCUUGAUGCUGAUUCCGAUGGCAAAAGUGACCAAAGAAUGAGAAAAAAGAGAAGUUUCACUUCAGCCACUGAAAACACCAAAGAUGCCUCAUGUAGUCAACAAAAGCGAGAUGCACAGCUCUUACUCGAGGAAAACAGUGGACUGCUUGAAACCAGAGCUAAAUCCAAGAGAGACAGGACAAAGAAUUCAAAGAAUACCAUUAUUCUUGGUUCUGAAUCUGAGGAUGAUGGUGAUAAAAACUGCGAAAUAAAGACAAAAGAAACAACAUUCUUCUCUUCAAAUUCCAAGGAACAAGGUGAGCCCUCAUUUACUGACCAACCUCAACCACUGCAUUCAAAACGUCAUCAUGAGGAGAUCUCAGAACCAAUCCAGGAUCCCUGUUGUCAUCAGCCAGGUGAAACCAGUGUUGACUUUGAGCCUGUUCAACAUAGAAUGAGCAGACAAAAGAUACUAAACAAUGAUACAAUUGUUCUUGAUUCUGACUCAGAAGACGAGACUGAAGGUGGUGAAAACUUGAAAAAGGAGGAGAGAAAUAGAUCACACUAUUCAGACUCAGCGUAUGAAGUGGAGCCCUCAUGUUUUGCCCAGCCACAGCAGGCUGAGACUGGACCUAAUGAAGAAAAGGCAGACAGUGUUAUAAUCCUUUCAUCUGACUCGGAUGAUGACAACAUUUGUUUUAAAAAGGAAAACAACACAAGGUCAAAUACUGCUCAGUCCCCAGGCUGCCCAUCUGGAACUGCUGGCCUUGACUCUGGAAAGCCUAACCUUCCUGAUGAAGACAAUUAUGAAGUGAGUCAGCACAACACCUAUGAGCAAACAGUCUCAGAAGAUAGUGAUGAAGAAGUCAAGAAAAUACAUUCAAGUAAAAGAGCAGCAAAUACAGAAAAAUUUUUCCCGUCAAGUUCAGAAGACAGUGAUGAUGAGACCUCUGUGGCCACAAAUGACACUCAUUCUCCUGAAACUACGAGCGCCCAUUGUGUGGUAACCAACAAGGAGCCUGGAAGACAGUCAUAUGAAGAAUCAACAAAAAAACGGCACCAUUCAGCUGAUGGGAAGACAGAAUCCACCAUGGGUCCUACUUCUGUGAUUCCUCGUCUUUUUGUUUCAAACUGGGGUGGAAAUUUGAAGCUACAGAGUAAAGAUAUAAACCCUAAGAGCAUAACCACAUCCAGUCAAGUCUGCAAAAAGAAUGAACGGUAUUCCAAAAGGGCCAUGGUUCAGCAAAAUGCAGUAAAAGCUCAAUUGCGUUCAAGACAGUUUUCGCUACCUAACAGUGUUGGUCAGUAUGCUGCCAACAGUUUGUCUUCCACAAGUGGGUCACUUACUGAAUCUAGACCAAGCUCAUUCCCCACAAGUGCUUUGCCUUUCGCUGAUGUGUCCAGAAAAACUACAAAUCCUCCUCAUCAUCUGAAAUCCAAGCAGAGCACAUUUACACCAAGACAAAAUUUUAAAUCAUCCAGAACACAGCGUUCCAACCUGUACUGCAGCCCCUCAAAAUUAGAUCAACCCCGCUCUCCUCCAGAGGGUUCGUCAUCAUCUGCAACUCAGCAGACAGAUGGGAGGAAAAAAGUAACAGAUAUAUGGACUAAGGACUACAUAGAUAUCCCAGACAGAAGGAGGAGGGUAGGGGAGGACAGUCUAAGAACUAGAAAUGAUUCGUUAAGGGAUGAAACAUCAGGACGUAGUCACAAUGAAUCUCUGAAUGAACUCAGACCAGAACCUAGUUCUAAUGAUUUGUUGAGAGAAGCUAAACAACAACCAAGUCACCGUGACUUUUCGAAGGAAACUAGACUGGAACCAAGUCACCGUAAAAGGAAACUCAGGCAGACGCACAGUUCCCACGAGACUGCAGCCCCACUGAUGAAGAAAUCCAUAGACGACUACAUGCUGGUGCCAAAAGCCAUAAACCGAGAACCUGCAAGGGAACCAAGUGGCACUGUGGGAGAGAAUUACAAGUGGUUCGAGAAGAGAGUGCCGAAGAAAGGUGCCAGCAGAGACGGGAAGCUGUGAUGAACCCCUCCUGGACUUCACAUAUUUGAAAAAGAUUCCUGUACCUCUCAGCAAAGUUUGUUUUGUUCCCACAGCAACCUGUUGUUGAUAGACCAAAAAUCCAGUUACUGUUGAAAGCUUUUUUGAGAAUAUGUUUAUAGUUUGCUUACAUACAGCGUUAUGUCUUUAAAGCAGAGCUGAAUAUUCUGGGGUUUUUUAAACUACAUGUAUGUAUGUGUAUAUUACUUAUGUAAAUAUAUAUGCUGUUUAUGGUAUUGAUGUUUUUUAAAUUGAUUUGGUGUGAAAAUGUCUUUUUCGAACUACCUCAACAUGAGAAGGAGAAUUAAGUUUUCUUUUUUUCCCUUUGAGUACUGUAUUUUACUUUGUUUUGUAAUCUGUACAUUAUUUUAUGUUGACUGUUGUUAAAAUGUAAAUAAUUAUUUGAUUACACCUUUCCUAUUGGAAAUGUUACACUUGUUUUUUAAAAAGUUUAUGGUAAAGUGCAAAAACCCUAUAAAGCUCUUUAUUGCA